AUGAUUGGUGUUCUCCGGCCACAGACAACCCCAAGCGGUAGCAACAACCCCAGCAGAGAGAGCGGAAGUCUUGUCCAGGGUAGUAGAAGAGAGACCAAGACCACCAAUACCCCGGCGCAAAGAUAUCUUGCGCCGGACGGAUGUGAUGACGCCCGGCACUUGGCGACCUAUGCGCUAGCAGAAGAUCCGGCCGGCGACGAUGCAUCUGUCACUGCGUCGACAUCGCCUAGACUCAUUGGAGGGCACAGCAGUGAUGUCUACUCCACCAGAGGUGAUAAGCGAGCGCCACCUCAGCUGCGACCAGCCCGGCUCGCAGUUGCCGUUGUUCAAUCAACGAGUGAUGGCCAUCAGGUCAAGGCCCUGGACAACCGUGCGGAGGUUGGGACGAUUUGCGUGGCUGUGGCGCACCAAGCGCUGAACAGGGCUUCCCAUACACAUUUGGGUACAGCGGGGCCUGGAGAGUCUAUGCUAAACACCAACCUUUCAGCCUUUGGUGCGACCGGGCUAUCACCUCUCUCAGCGAGCGCCGGCACACUGCGGAAGAUCGUACGUCGAUGUGCACAACUAUUUGCACCGCGUGCUGCUGGUAGGGAAGCACAUGGCAGCGAGGAAGCGUGUUUGGUGCUCUACUGUAAGCUUCCCGGCGGAGUGAUUAUGGCGUCUCCUCUGGACGGACCGGCCUUUCGUCUUCGAAAAGAUGUCGGUGCGGUCGAGGGAAAGAGGUCGGUGGGCAGAGAGGCGACUGACGGCGCACAGCAGAAGUCCUGGACACUGCCGGCGGAGGGGUUCGAAGCUCUCUGCGACUUGGAAGACUCCGUGGCACCAGGGCUUCCAACACUAGCCAGGGAGAUGGCGAGAGACGGCAACUGCGUGGCAAACGAGAGUGGCGGGGCCACCAGGCCCUUAGCCGAGGAGAUUUCCCUUCGAAUCAGCGGCGACAACGAGGACCGGCAGAGCUACGUGGUGAUCCCACGAGUGGCAGGCAUAGUCUUUGCCCGGCUAGGCCCCGCAGGACCCCGUGCUGUCACCGGGGGUCACGCGAGCGAUGUCGGCAGCAGUGGCCGCGCUUGCGUUCGAGCGUCGGUAGUGAUGGCUCGACUUGAGCGAGAAGACGGCGGCACCGGCACGCUGGCUGUGCGGCACCGGUAUGUCCUCGAGGAGUUAGAUGUGUUUCGCGGGGACGGCGAUUUCCGAGACUGCAGUAGAGCUGUUAAUACCGAGAGAGCAAGUGCAAAGAAGAUCACAAGACGCUAUCUGUCUCUGCCGGUGGCUUACGCCGAUCUGCUGGAGGAGGCCACUUCGCCGUCGCCAAGCCCGGGGGGAAAAUUUUUUUCUUCCAGAAUCUGUAGCCGAUGGCGCCGGCGGCAUAAGCACCGAGCAGGCGCGAAUCAAGUCGUCCCCGACGUAGGAGAAGACAUCGGAUUCGAAGACGAGCGGGGUAAACGCCUGCUCGGCCCCGAGCAGCCUGUACGGGAAGACAGACGCGCCGCAGGCUCAAGGAAACCCAGCCAACGCGAGCCGCCAUCUGCCACGGCGCCACGCGCCGGGGGGGUCAGCACUCGCUAUCAGCCCGAGGAACCACAAGAGCUCGCUCUCACCGUACGCGGGGUGCAAGCGGCGUCGUUGGACCAGGCAAUACGGUGGGCUUCGACGCGAGAAGUCGUCUGGGCGGUGUUAGCCGCGGCGUGCCGACCGGAGGACGGCGGUUGCCGCACGGCGGCUGAGACCCGAGGAGAUGCGGCACAGACGACAGCGGUCUGUGCCGCGGGUGCGGCUCGUGCCCUGCUGGCCAGGGUGUUCGGGAACGGUACACCAGACCGAGGAACAGCCAGAAUUAGUGACAAGGAGGCGCCGAUUGUUCUCGGUCGGUGGUGGGAAGGCUUCUGCGCGGCCGCGGCGCCAUUUUGUUGCGACGACGGCGGGGGGCAGGGUACCUUGCCCCUCCUGCGAGAGGCUCCCAGAUUUCUCCUCGAAGGGAUGCUGGAAAUCCCCGCGGUAGAGACGGCCUUUCUCGAGCGAGGCUUGGUACGGCAUCUGGCGGACGUUUUGCACCUCGCUUUGGUGCAGAUGAAAUCCGCUCGGGAAGAGGAGGAAUUGUGCGAUCAUCAUAGCACGGGCUAUCCGUGCACUGGGAACGCGUCUCCGUGCGGAAUGACCAACCUCCCCGACGGUGACGCCAAUGCUUCCGGUCCUUCCCACGGCACCAUCGGGGCGAUUAUCCGGCCAAUAAAAGAAGAAGGUGGUGCAUCCUCCUCCCCUGAAGCGGACCCUCGUGAUCAACGACUUCCGUGGUGGCUAAUUUUCCACCAAAGGAGGGGGAAAGCAUGUUGUAGACAUUCUGAUCAUGCCUUCGAGGACGCGCUCAAAACCGGUGGUGGUAGCGCCGACGGAGGUAGCACCGGGAGGAGCUGCAGGAUGGUGUCGGGCGACAGCAAGGGAGAAAGAGUGGGCCGUGGACCUGACACCAGCCGAAAAGACGACGCCAACGACUGCCUGAACGUCGCUGCCGGCAACGACAGCCUCGGAUCGGAAUCCGUGCCGACUCCCUCCGUAUCAGAGCACCGGGAGCGUGAGGGGAUAGUGCAGCGGAGGACCGGACACGGCACUGAUGUUGUCGCCCACCGGGAGAGGAUUUCCCCGCCGAUGCUACGGCUCGACGCCCUGGACUCGAUUCUCGCCACCAAAGAGUGGGGGUCUCCACGGGGUAGUUCGCAGCGCGCGGCGGUAACCUUGUCCACGGCUUCUACUCGGGCGGCGCCGGAACAUCUGCCUACGUUCUUGAGCGCACGGGGGGCAACAAGCCGGGCCUCCGCUCGCCAUGGCAGCGGGUGCUCCUUGCGCACUGGUCGCACAACCCAGAGAGACUGGACAGCCUCGACCGGGUGUCCGACCGUUCGAAGUGUUUCGCCUACCGUCGUGACUGAUGUGGAUGCGGCGGCGUCUUGCCCGCUGCCGCUGCCGUUGCCCCAGCCUUUGUUGUCGAAUGACAGGGACCCUGUCCGCGGUGAUGACGGGCGUGGCGGAGAAGAAGUGGGUAGUGGAGGAAGUGAUGGUGGCGGCGAUGGUGAACGUUGUGGUGCUAGUGGAGAUGAAAUGUGUUUGGGAGGUGGUGGUGGUGUGGUGGUAGGGACGAGGGCGGCUAGCGGCGGUGGCAGUAUUCCACCGGCGGUGGAGCAAGCACCGGGCAAAACUGACGGAUCCGGCAUCAUUGAGGAUGAUGAUGGCAAUCUCCUUCACAAUUCUGACACGGCAGACACCGUCGUGCCGGCGACGCACGGCGGAGGAUAUGUCAGUGUCAGGAAAGAAAUGCCUCGCUUGUCUCUCGAGGAACUCCCGGUGACGAGAACGGCGGCAGAAGCUACAAGUGUGGCCGUCGAUCGAGAUAGCCCAUGCACUUCCGGCACCACCUUCGCCCGGGUUUCCCCCCGCGCGUCACCGGCGUCGCCCAAACAGUCUCCCGCUCCUGGGUAUGCCGAGCACAGCACAGAGCCUGGAGGUGGGUAUCUGGUGUUAUCGCCUCCGGUAGUAGAUGGCGGUCGCGGAUACUCUGCCAGGCACAGCCCUCACCAAGCAACGCAAAAUGGCGCCCUUGAGCAGGUCGACCGCACCCCGGACUGUAGACCGGGAUCCACGCCAUCUGCUACCGCCAUCACCGGCGACACUUUCGAGGGGCCUUCCGACGGCGUCCGUUCGCAAAACCACCCACCGGCUGUUGAGAACUCGGAUAGAGUGGACCACGGGAGCCUGCGUGCGCUGCCGACGUAUGACUCCCCGGUGACUUUGGUUGUCGAUUUGGCUCGUGGUUCGGCACUGGUAUUUGCGCCGCUGUCUCGGCCGUCACGGGCGCAGCAGAAGCGCCAGGCCACCGCACAUGUGUUCGGGGCCGCGGUUGCGAUCGCGAAGAUGUUGCUGUCCCUUCUCCCGUCGACGCCGGCCGAGCGUGAUCCCGAAGACAGACUUGUUGCCGCUCUGGAAGUUCUCUCGUUUGUAGGAGCGUUGUCGUGGACCGACGGCAACGCUUGGGCAACGGCACCUGUGACUACCACCUGUGGCAGCAAGCCGGCGGUGGUGGGCCACGCCAGGAGGAUCGACGCCGGUCCUCACGAUACCCGGCGUGAGCCCUCAGUUUGGCCGCUUGAGCUCGAUAACGUCGGGAUCGCGCUGCUGUCACGAGCGGGAGAGGUCCACCUGGACCGCCGGUUGUCGGUGCUACGGGUACAGUGUCAACGAACUGACCACGACGAGUGUGGCGAAGAGAUGACAUCCCAGUCACACCGAAGCCAUGUGCACAACGCGUGCAGGCUGGGCUUGGAGUGCGGGUGGAUGACCCGUUUGUUCCUCCGGAGGGUACUCGCCGCUGGUGCCUUCAACAGCGAGUGGCGGUCCGUGCUUUCCGCGGAACAAAGUGUCGAUGCCUUACGGUUUUGCGGCCGCGCCUUCGAGAUGCUACAGCGUGGCCUCCGCUGCACAUGUUCUUCGGGUGCGAGCUACGAUAUCGGGCGGUCCGACGACAACCACGAGGUUCAGGAAGAUUCUGCAGAGAUGGCACAAAGAUGCAGUGGGCACGCGGAAGAGUCGCUGCUGCUAACCGCUCCGGCCGCUGUUGACCUGGCCAGGUUGGUGGUUGUCCUUGUGAGGCAACCGGUAGCUUGGGGCGAGAACCCAGCCUGGGCGGCACUCACGCUCGGCUCGGCUGCUUCUCGUCGUGACGGUGAAGGCGCGAUUGUCCCGGUGCUAGUGGAGCUGCUUAACCAGUUGAUAUCGGUGACAUCUACCGAAGACGGAGAUGCCUCACAGGGGGUGGGGGCCGAAGCAGGACAACACUGGCGACAAGCACAUGGUGGUCACACCCUGCUCGAAGGGGCUCAAGCCCUGGAAAGAAGACUGACUGGGGGUGGAGAUGUUAUGGACGAGCUACUGUUUUCUCUGCUCGGGAGUUCUGCAGCUAUUGUGCGCAGAGCUGGAACUUUGCUGGAGACCCUGCAAGAAACCUCAGAUUCGGCGGUACCAGAGAGGGUGGACAAGGACGAAAAAGAAAUAUCAAAAGCUGCUGCUCUAGUCGCAAGGGAAAUGGCCCCCAUUUUUCGACCUGACGGACUAAUCCUGAAGAUGAUGACCACACCUCUUCAGAGCGGGUCCAGUAUCGAAGAGGCGACAGACACAUCGGCAACCGUUCCAACCAAACAGCCUGACGUAGGCAGCCCGAUCCCUUCCCCGUGUUUGGCGGCGGCGGCGGCUGUGCGGCUGAGCGCUGCAUACUUCUCCCUUUACGGGAGAACCCCCAGUCGCGAGGAGCAAGAUCUGGUGCGCCUAGAAGCUUUCGUGGACCCACUCUUUUCGCGUUUCCGUAAAGAAUGUGAGGCCUUGCUCGGACAAUCUCAGCCUGAAGGUAGCCACGAGGCCCCGCCGAGCGAGCGGGUGCGUCAAGCUGCGUGCGCGGCGCGGAAUGAGCCAAAGACAGAGCAGGAGGGCACCGCCGCGAGGCGGCGGGGCAGUGUCCUUCUUUGUCGCCUUCAUCUCGAAGCGCUGGUCGAGCUCGCAGCAGUGCAGGACGCGGCGGUCCGGAAGCGGCUCGACGACUGCCGCGUGGCACCGUUCUUAGUAGAACGCGUCCUUGGAGUGGGUGGCGACGCGGCAGGCACCACAAAAAAAUCACCUAGACCCGUCCACGGGUCAGUGGAGAAUUCAUCGUGCUGUGACGCAACAGUGACGUCGCGAAGCUCCCUGUCACGCAGCCCGUCCGCCGAGCACCUGUCUUCCGUAAACGGGUCAGGCAUCACCUCUCCGACCCACCAAGUCGCGAAAACAGAUACCGCGGAAACUUGUGGCGCCAGCUCCAGUAGCGCCGUCGCGGAGAAUGCCACGACUUCUUUGUCGGUGGGGGAUAGGGUUGACGGCCUCGUGUCCGUGAAACGCGGGAGGCCGAGGUGGUUUCCGGGGCGGGUUGCGGGCAUGAACGGGGAUGAUGGCACCGUGCACGUCUGCUUCGACGACGGCGACGAAGAGAUCAGAAAGGAUCCCGCAGAGUUGCGCCCUAGCCGGAAAAGGGACACCGAGAGGGUCAAGGGUCGAUCGCGUUCGACACUCCCAAGGCCCGCGGGAGGGGGGACGGCCGCUAGUGCCACGCAGAAAGGUGGACACCAGCUGGCGACGACAAAAGAACAGUCAAAGCCGAGGGUGUCUUCCAGGCCGACUUCAGAUGUCACGAACAGCGUGAUACCUCCGCCUGCCACCCAAACCAAGCGGUCUGACGCCGUAGCGGGAAAAGAGUGUUCGUCACACGGUAAUCGAAACGCGCCCGUUGAAAGUGGAGCCCGCAGAAGUGCAUGGGCGGGCGGGGAUGCCACCGUGGCCACCAUGUUUGAGGGGGGGGGCGACGUUCCUGCGACAGCGAUCGCUGCUGAUGACGGCGGCAUUGGUGCUGCCGAGGCCGACAGCGAAGACGACGACGCGUACUUCGUAAUACAAAGCGUGUUGGACGACGCGAGUGCGGUCAGCAACAACGGACGCCCGUCCGUCGCUGCCGAUUCCGCCGCUUCGAUGUCCGUGGUGCCCAGGAUAGACCUUCAGUCCCCGGUGUUUCGGACGAGGGUUUCUUCGUCACAGCUCGGCCCCGGCUCGUCGCUAUCCACCCCUACAACGGGGGGGGCGCGCAUUCUAGACACGGUUAGGGGCGCGGCAGGUUCGCGCUCCGAGGCGUCGCUGUCCACAGCGGUGUUCCCGAGCGGGCGGAGCUCGCGAGUUCUACGCCCGCCCUUGUUCACCGACCGGCCUUCCGCUAUCGGCGGCGGCGGCUCGUCGUCGCGAGGUUUCAGCAUGGUACGCAGCGCUUCCGUGCUAUCCGACACCCGCCCCCCGAUGGCGGACAGCGGUGGCAGAGUCACGGAACGCGAGAUCACGGGGCUGCUCAAAAACGACGGAGAAUCGUCGUCAGAUGAAGAUGAAGAAGAAGAGGAAGGAGAGGAGGAGGAGGAGAGGCCGGAAAAAGGAGUUCCAUUGCCGGAGGCGGGAAAUUCUCGCUCACCACGACAGCUUCCCCAAUGCAGGAGACAUAAAGUCGAAACGGACAAUGAGCGCGACGCGGGGGCAGGGGGCCACCCACAAGGGGCGAAGAGAAUGUCGGAGGAGGAAGCAGUGCGGCUGCGAGACGACGACAAAAACAAUCAGGUCUUGCCUCGAGUCAACUACGAGAACGAUCUGAGCGUGAUCCAACGCUACGCCGUCGAACUUCUUCUGUGCAUGGCCACUGCGCCGAGCGGCCACGGCAAUUCGCCGGCGUGGGAGCACAUCUUGCCGCCGACGUCGGCCAGGGGGUCGGUGGAGAUUGCUUCGCUGAGAGCGUUCUUUGACAGCGAUCGAAACGCCCACAUCGUUCCGAGCUUGAGGUCGCAGUGGCACCCAGAGGUGGCGGUGUUAGCGAAGCUAGUCUGCACCGCGCUGUUCGACGCGCAGAGCUACUCUCUCGACGGGGAUCACAUCGGGGCAGGAAGGUUUGGCGGGGUCAUCGUAUCCGAGUGUCCUCUUCCGCUUGGUGGUGGUCGGUACCAUCUAGCGUCAGCACAAGCAUCCUCCACACCUUCCUCUGCCGGAAAGGAAGAUGGACUGGAAUCACCAACAAGGCUGGCAGAGUCCUCGUUGAGCGUCCCGCCGCGACGGUCGAAGAGUGGCCGCGAACAGGGCGAGGUUGCUUUGAAGGUGAUAGGAAGGGACGACUUGGACGACGCUGUGGGCCAGAACGUUUUCUUGGAGGCCCUCGCGCUUCGCGCUCUCGCCGACGUCCCCGGCGUGUGCCGCCUCUACGACUUCGGCGUUACACCCACGUCAUACGUCUUGGUCCUAGAAAGGUGCGCUUGCAGCCUGAACGACUGGCGGUCCGCGCGCAGCGACAACGACAAAGACGAUCUAAGCACGUCUCCGUGUGGGCCUCGUUCUGACGCAGAGGUAGCCCUCUACCUCGCCGUUUUCCGGCAAAUCGUCGCCGCCGUGGGUGCGAUGGCGGCGAGGGGUGUCAUCCAUUUUGACCUCAAGUGCGACAAUGUCCUCGUUCGCGGCGGGAGCAGCAGGACUGAGUACCACGAGUGCCUUACCUCUUCGCCAACAGCGGCAGGGCUCAGAACCGUCUUGGCGAUGGAGCAGGAUAUAGUGCCGUCCGUCUGCGUAACCGACUUCGGGGAGGCGAUCGUCGGGCGGCGGCGGAGGUGCCCGCCAAAGGCAACCGACGCCUUCCCUGCGGCUGCGGGGCCAGACCCGGGCUCGGCCACAAAUGGCGAUGAAUUCUUUUUUGACGUGCGUGGUUCACGUGGAACCGAACGUAUCCAGAGUCCGGAGAUGGUUCUCCUGUCGGGACGCGGUGGCGGCACCGGUGGUGGUGGACCUUCAAGCGCGGACCCCGCUGUGGGUGCCGACCGAGGAGAGUCGGCUGGGGGAAUCACCACCGCAUCUGACGUUUGGUCGCUUGGGUGUCUACUGUACGAGCUGCUCUCUAUGCAGCCCCUGUUCAGAGACCUGCAAUGGUCUGAGUUUUUCGUGACCCUGACGGCGGGCGAAGUGGUUGGCGGAGCUGGCAACGGGACGGUUCCUGUGGCUGAGGGUGCGUCGGUACCCCCGUUGCCACCACCACUGAGCCUGUGCCCGUUCGCCGCUCUCGGCUGCGCCAAGGCGGUGAAGACUCUCCUAGAGGCGAUGUUGGUGCGUAACCCCGCCAAGCGACCGAGCGCCCUCCGAGUGGUGAGCGUUGUUGACGAAGCGCUGACGGCGGUCGUGUCUAGCCUCCCCGUCGGGAGCGAGAAGCAUCCACCGACGACAAUAACCCGACCAAAGACCAAGAAUCAAUCCGCCACAUCUCUGGGUUCGCCCGAUGCCAACACACACAGCAUGCCUCGUGGACAAGGAGACUCACCCGGCGGGGAACACUCGCAGGUGGAACAUCAGACAGAGGUCGUAGCACACAGCGGAAGGGGGUCCGGAGGACAGGCGACGACAGAAGCGGCGGCAGGACGGGCACCGUUCCACCCGUCCACGACCGUCGGCGCGCUCCGGAGCUUCGCCGCAAAACAGCAGUCGGGCGUUCUAGGAGGUAAGGGCGAGAAUCUAGCAGCUUGUCCGGCGCGGCAGCAGCUGGGCUCGGAAACCAUGGUGUGCUGCAACACCACAGUGUGGCGAGAUUGUUGCGUGGGGGCGGCCGCGGGGGGGACGUCAGCCUUGGCGGUAGACGAGAUGGCCCCCCUGGGGAUCAUUCUUCCGGCCCUCGGCAUCAGCCACAUCGUAUGCGUCAACACCACCUACGGCAACCCGGCCACGUCUAAGCAGCAGCAGUCAGACUCCCGAACGCCGGGAAAAAAAUCUCGAAUUCUGAGCGUCUCCGUCCGCACGGAGAAGGACCGAAGUCGGGAGGAAACCGGCGGGGCUUCGCCCCCCUCGAGUGCGGCGAGAUUGGUUCGGGACGUGGCGGAGUUUGCCACCGGGCCGAGGGUGCUUUUUGCCGGCGUAGGCGGCGGGUGCGGCGGCGAGGCAGGUGCCGUCGCAAUGGCGUGGGCGAUGGAGCGCACCGGGAAGGGGGCCUACGAGACCAUGCUAAGCUUUAGGCAGGCAUGUGCGGAGUUUUGGGUCGAGACGGCCACGAUCAAGUCUGUGCUAGGAUAG